AUAACAACAAGAAUAAUAAUAAUAAUAAUAAUAAUAAUAAUAAUAUACUCUCCGCCGGAAAGGUUUCACGCGCGCACGCCGACCACUGCCGUGCACGUUGUAACAGUGCGACGUCGUCGUACCGACCACCGGGGCUGUUGUCGCGAUCGGCAGUCGUGUGAUUCUCCGGCGCGUCACUCUACUCCACAGCCGACUCGCGCCCGUCUCGAGCAAUCUCUGUCACGCGAUACCAAUCAUAACACAUAAUUUAUCAUCGCACACGGUCGCAUAAUAUUCGCCAUACGGUAAUAGCGUUGCACGGACGGCCGUCUAUAAUAAUAUAUUUCAACAUACGUAAAUACAGUUUCGAUCAAACGAUUUAUAUUAUUCAACCAGAAUAAUAUUAUAAUAUCAUCAUUACGCGUCGUAUUGUAUUUUAUUUAUAGUUGUUAUUUUUUUCGCGUCGCCUUCGGACAGCACAAUGCCACGGAUAUUCUUCCGGCCCCCCUAACAAUACGGUCACAAUUAAACUACAACGAAAAGGUUUUGUAAAAGCAGUAAACGCUCUUUGGUCAUUUAUUUUCUGCAGAGAAUACAUUGUCUGCUAACAAGCAUUUGUGGUAUUCACGCUCACGGAUGGAACGCGGUAACGGGACUUCCGGAGCUGGCGGCGGUGCAGCGCACAUAUCGCCGUACUGCGGUGAUCUGCUGGUCGACAUGCACGAUGUGUACGUCCACUACCACGGUUACGCCAGCCUGCUGGUGUGCGCAUUCGGUUCGGUUGCGAACGUGCUCAACAUCGCCGUGCUGACGCGCAAGGAAAUGGUCUCGCCCACCAACGCCAUACUCACCGGGCUGGCCGUGGCCGACCUGCUGGUCAUGGUCGAGUACGUGCCGUUCGCUUACCACAUGUACCUCCGACCGACCAACUAUCCGCGCGCCGACCGCUUCUCCUACAACUGGUCACUAUUCGUCUUGCUCCACUCUGACUUUUCGCAGGCUUUUCACACCAUAUCCAUAUGGCUGACGGUCACCCUGGCCGUGUGGAGGUACGUGGCCGUGGUACACCCACAGCUCAACCGGAUAUGGUGCCGGAUGGAGACCACUCUGUCAGCGAUCGCGUUGGGCUACGUGGUGUGCCCGAUCAUCUGCAUACCCAGCUACCUGUCGUUCAACCUAUUCUCCCGGGUGGAGACACUGGACGCGAACGGCAACCGUCCGACGGCGGUGCUACAGUCGGCGCUGCGGCGGGCCAAUAACGGCACCGACGUCCACAGCGUCCACGGCACCGGUGGGGGCGGCGGCGGAAGCGGCGGUGGCGGCGGUGGAGGUGGCGGCGUAGUGGCAAAUGGCAGCCACGGCGGUGUCGGGCCGCUGCGCAACGUCACGCUGUACUACGUCAACGUCAGCGACCUGGCCACGUCCACGUACCUGGCCGACAUCAAUUUUUGGGUGUACAGCGUCGUCAUCAAGAUCAUACCGUGCGUGGCGCUCACGGUGCUCAGUCUGCGGCUGAUAUGCGCGCUGCUGGAGGCCAAACGCCGCCGGGCCAAGCUGACGGGCAGCGGCCGCAAGUCGGCCGACAAGGAGCGGCAGACGGACAGGACCACCCGGAUGCUGUUGGCCGUGCUCAUGUUGUUCCUGAUCACCGAGUUCCCACAGGGCAUACUCGGCCUGCUCACGCUGUUGCUCGGCAAGCGGUUCUUCCAGGACUGCUACCAGAACAUGGGCGAGGUAAUGGACAUGCUGGCGCUGGUCAACUCGGCCAUCAACUUCAUACUGUACUGCGUGAUGAGCCGGCAGUUCCGCAACACGUUCAGCCUGCUCUUCCUGCCGUCCUGGAUCUCCAAGGUUGAGUCACAAGCUCUGUCGCACGGUAACCCGACCACUACGCAAGUCACGCAAGUCUAAGGCGAUCGCUCUUUUGCGGUCGUUGUCCCUCCCCCCUCGAUUGACCCGUCGUCGUCGUCGUCGUCAUCGUCGUCGUCGUAGCAUUCAUGUGCGCCACCCACCACCCACAAACCACCGGCACCCGAUCAUCACCGAUGACGACGAGGACGAUGACGGUGACGACUAUGAUAAUAAUAUUAUAAUAUAUGCAGGUGGGGUGAUUCAUCAAGCAUGCUCAUCCCCCGCCCACAUUUUUACUUGAGUAUGCAUUUAUUCAAAUAUUGAUUUUUGGAAUCUCAGGUCAAUAGGAUAGCAUAUUUCCAAUUGCCUAGAUAGAUUUUUAUACUGUUUGUCCGGAGUGUUCUGUGGCGAUACAAACUUUUGUUUUUAAAAAUAAAAACCGUCCAUACUGUUGAUUUAUUUAGCAAAUGAUUUUUUUUUUUUUACAUUUUUGAUGUAUCCAAAUAUUAUUAUUAAUAUUAUAUCCAGUUUUUUCCGAGCUGUUAACUGCUAUGUACAGAGAAUUAUAGUCAAUAUAGCCAAUGAUAAAGGAUUUAAAUAAAUAUGGAGCUUAAAUGUUAUAAAACGUCUAGUGCCUAGUUAAUACUAAUAUAAUAUUCACAUUUUAUAGUUUGUAAAAAUUAUCCGAAUAUAGUGAGUAACAUUUAAAUAUUACAUCUAAUUUAUAGUUUUUUAAAACCAUUUUUAAGGAUUAUUAUCAUUGGUACAAACAUUUUAAUGAAUCGGAAGCUACUAGCUAACAUUUGUAUUUAGAUAAAACAAAAUAAUUUAUCAACCUGUCAUUUGAACUACAGAAGUUAUCGUGUAUCGUUACAAGAUACUCUCGAAAUGGUAUAAAAAAAUCUAAUUGAAUGUAAUAUGGCUUUUGAGUGUACCUACAUGAAAAUUACAAAAUUUAAAUUUUUAAUAAAUUCGUUACUAAAGAAAAAGGGGACGAGCGUGCUCGGUGAAUCACCCUAUAUUUAAACAUUUUCGGAUAACAUUUAAGCCUCUUUACGACUCUGAAUUAUAAUGCCUAUAUGUUAACAUAAAUUAUAAAGCGACCACACAGGGUUAUUGUUUUUAAUCUACACGCUGUUUUUAGCACUGAAAUAUUUCACUGUUCAUAUGUUUCGAGCCUUUUCACUAUCCCGUUGGCCGCAAGACUUAAGCUCGUAUUCUUACCGUACUUUGUUCAAAUGCCUCUAUGUACUCGUUCAAAUAUUAUCCACUGCCGAACGUUUAAAUAAUAAUAAACGGACGCAAUAUUAAUAGCCUUUAUGUGUGUGUAUAUAUAUAUAUAUACGAGAUACGAGUACAUACAUAUAAAUAAAUAGUUUUAGUCUAUUUCUGACAAGAAUUUCUUUGGAUUAUCGAAAAAUAAUAAUAAUAAUAAUACAACUAUUCAGUUUAGAUUUUCGGUAUAAAAUAUAUAGGUACCUAUGUAUUAUUCAACAAAAUAUUUCGAUAAUUUCAUAUUUUGUUUAAAAAUAAUAUUAUUUAUAUAUGGUAUUCAAAAUUAAUAAAAUAGUCGAAUGUCAAAAUCAAAAGCACAUUUAUUUCUGUUUUAAUUUUAGCCGUUAAUGCAGCAGUGUAGACCGGACAAAAGAGUGCUGACCUGAAGAUGUUUUUGAUUCCUGAGUUUCCGCGAGGUAUUAUCCGUACAAUAACUCUGUUGCAAUUCCAAACGACAUAAAUUAUAACGAAAACUUUUGAAAUUAAAGUGAAUUUUUAAACAUAUUCUGUGGUUGUCAACAAGUUUAAAAUAUUAUUAUUUUCAUUCGUUCAACUCGAAAGCCGAAGACAUCCAAACUAUUCCAUUAUAAAAAAUGACGCACACAAAGAUUACAUUGGUAUAAUGGCUUAUGUAAUUAUUAGUAAAGUCUAUGGAAAUGUCAUUAAACUUGUAUUUAUUUACAAAAGUUGAAUCAACAGGAUUCACUCCGUAAUAAUAAUCAUAAAAGUGACUUAACCAUACCAUUUGCAUAGUGUAAAAUGUUAUAUUUAAUAAUACCGAAAUCUAAUGAUGGAUAUUAUCAACUUAAAUGUAAAAUUGAAAAAAUGUUGUUAAAUUUACAAAAUCUAACCAUUAGAUAUUAUAUUAUUAAUAAUAAAAAAUGUAGAUUUUAUUUUAUAAACUCGAGUUCUAUUUAAAAUAUUAGAUUGGAUUAUAAUAUGUUUACUGUUAAAAACUACAAUAAAUUACCCAAUGUUAUAAUAAAUUAAACUAUAUAAGUAAAUUGUACUUAUUGUGUAUAAACAUAAUAAGCGUUAAGAUGAAAAUAUUGUAAUAUUAAAAUAAAUAAAAUUAGUACAUUCUAAUAAAUUUUUAGUUAAAGUAUAAGAUAGGAACAUAAAUGAUUAUUUAGUCUAUAAUAAAGGGACUACCUAUCAAAUGUUAUAUUUUUAUUUGUUCGCGUUUGAUAUAUGUUUUGUAACUAAAAUAUUACAUAGCUCGGAUUUUUAUUGAAUAAUAAAGCAACGUGUUGUAUUUAGUAAUAGCUUUUGAAAAUGUUCGAUCAUAAUAUACAUUUCUAUGUUUACGUAAAUUGUAGUUAACUAUUCGUUUUUCUAAUUUGUUUUGAUUGCAUACAUAAUAUACUUAAUUUGGUGUAUUAAAAUUAUUAUGCAUUAUAUUUUGUAAAUAUUCAAUAAAUAUAUGUAUGUGCUUUAA